AGCUAACUUAAGGUCAUCCAGCCUCUAGGUGGCGACAGCGGCUCGUGUCCGCCCCGAACACGUAACUUCCGCUCAAGCUUCCACCAAAACAAAGUCGAGAAGUGGCUCAAUAAGCAACCGUAAACUGUUGCGGGUUUAGGAUGAAUACUGCUCUGAAGCAUUGGAAGGAGGCCGCUAGUCUCAUUUUAGUUGCAGGCAAGAGGCUCGGAGUGGACAGGUUACCGUCGAGGACACCGCUGACCUCCGGUUCCUCGCCGGGGAGCAGCCUUGGACGCUCACACCUGCCCCACAGCUCCUGCUUUGAUUACGAUGUUUUACUGCUGAAGCGAAGCGGGGAAAGUGGAUUCAUGCCCAAUGCUUACGUGUUUCCCGGCGGUACGACAGAGUCUUCGGAUUUUUCCAGUGAAUGGUUGGACAUUUUCGAAUCUUUCCGGAACUUUCCUAAUUUUGGUUUACGAAGUGUCAAACAACCGGCAGAGACGAGGCCUCCGAUCUAUGCCACAGACCGACUGAAACUGGGCUCUCCUAUCCCGGGAGAGGUCGCCUUCAGGAUCUGUGCCCUGAGGGAGACGUUUGAGGAGUCAGGUGUGCUGCUGUUUGUGUCUAAAUUGGAACAGGAGAGUUUGUUAAAAAGUCUGGAGAACCGAUGUGCCUCUGAUCAAGUCCCGCAUUACACAGUAAACGAGCUGUGCGGUAGUGAGCUCAUCAAGUGGAGGGCCCUGGUGAACCAGGACCCCUCCAACUUCAUCAGGAUGUGCAGAGAGCUGCAGGUGUUGCCCAACAUCUGGGCUUUACACGAGUGGAGCAACUGGUUGAGUCCCACCCGUUUGAAGAGGAGGUUUGACACAGCUUUCUUCAUGUGCUGCCUGCAGGAGACCCCACACACUCUGCAGGAUAAGAAGGAAAUAGUGCACUUUCAGUGGUCCACACCGACAGAGGCCCUGCAGAGCUACCAGGGACGGGAGAUUUGGAUCCCCCCUCCACAGUUUUACGAGCUCAGCCGCAUGUGCCGCUUCCCUCUGCUGAAGGACCUGCACAGCUUUGCCAGCCAGCGUGCCACAGAGGGCUGCGAGCGGUGGAUGUCUGUUAACUUCUCACAGAAUGGAUACAGGAUAUCAGUGCUGCCAGGUGACAGAUUUUACCCACUGGACACUUUGGGAGAGAACAAAGUGGAUUCGAGCACAGGCCCUCAGCUGAAAGAUUUACAAGAGGGUUGUCCACUGCACCGCAUGGUGUUCUGGGAUGCAUACACCACAAUUCUUCAUAUCACCAUCAAAACCAAGUACAACCAGCUGCUACCGAUUGUUGAGCCAGCCUUGUCACAUGGCUCAAAUAGUCAGCUUUCACUUGUCCCAGCAUCUCCUCUGUACACAUGGAAUGAAAGCCACCCUCACGUUGUUAUUAUGGUGUUUUUAAUGGUCAUACUGACAGCUUCUGGGUUUUGUUUCAUUAAUGAGGCAUUAAUAUGACUGUGAAAUAACACUUUUAUUGUGCCAAAGUGGCUGUCAGAGACCCCAUCCCCCCCACCCCACCCCGGCCCACUUGUGUUGAAAUGCUAAGAAAAAAUAAAUUUUAUAUGAGAAUAAAUGCUGAAUAGAUUUUUGUUUGCUCAGCUUUAUAAAAAAAAGUCAAUUUUAUUUUGAACAAAUUUAGCUUGUAACCAUAGUAACAGGCUUACUACAAAAUAUAUGAAAUGGAUUUAUAGACAGUCCCUGCAGCUAAUAGGUGAUAUGGGUGGCUGUGUUUUUCCAGCACUUGUGAGAAUCCAAAUCCUGCCUCCAGAAAACAAAUGUAAGUCAAUGUAAAGACCUAGAGUGUGUGUGUGUGUUCGCUGCGGCCGUCCCUCUCAGUAGUCAUGCGUAUGUCAACAGUGGAAGCUUGCAGGGAGCUUCCACCUUUUGGGUGGCUUCCUCGCUUGCAGCAGCGUCCUUCAUGGCAAAUUAAUGACUCAUGAAAUAAUCUCUGUCAAAUAGGUUGUAUCCUGUUUUCUAUUAAUAUAUUCAUUUCUUAUUAGUCAUCAGUAUUCAUUUGAUCUUUUUACUGAUGCAGUCAAAAUACUUUUAGGUGAAAUGUGCGACAAUGCGACAUGGUUUGUGUCUGAAUAAAAUAAGGGGAAUA